AUGGAAAAAGGCCGAGCAACGAGUUACAACCGGUCGGACGACGCCUCACAGACGUCACGGUCACCUCCGGCGUCCUCAGAUCCACCCGGAGCACAAACAACGAACGGUGGUACAGCCGUUUCUUCUGGCCACGGCAAAGAGGUUGAAGAAGAGGCGAACACCGGGCCACAAGCCGUCAGUUUGGUGUAUCGUCACAUCUUCGGCGCAACUGCAGAGGUCAAGAAUGCUGUCCAUUUCGUUGAACAAGCGGUAGUUGCCUAUCCAGCUGGUCACCACGUUGUCCUUUACUCCACUGAAACGAGAACGCAGAAGUUCUUCCCUGGAUCUGACGAAUCCUUAGGUUGCACCUGUCUAGCGAUGAGCCCGAAUAGGCGGUUCUUGGCAGUCGGCGAGAGGUGCGCGCAGAGAGCCUUGGUGACGAUUCACGAUUUAUUGACAAAUAAGAGAAAGAAGUCGUUAGCUUUCGUCGACUGCCUCUCCAACAACUUUGUCAGCCUUGCAUUUUCUACCGACACCAAAAUGCUAUUAGCCCUUGGAGGCCCACCUGACUGGUGUCUUGUAUACUGGGCGUGGGAGAAACCGAAAGUCGUCGCCUCCUACAAGUUUAAUAACCCUUCACAAAUCCGUUAUUGCGACUGCUCUUUCAAUCCACUCGACUCAAACGUGGUUUGCAUGAUUGGCGACGGAGUGAGUCGUUUGAUGAAGGUCCAGGAAGGGAGUUUCCGCCCAAUACAGAACCACCUACUGAAGCGAGAAGGGCAAGGCUAUUCAUGCCAUGCUUGGCUGGCCGACGGAAACAUCGUAGCCGGCACGGAAGCAGGUGAACUGGUUCUUUUCGACAAUGGAGGAGACUUCAAAGGCUCCCUGACGUGUGCACCGGGCUCCACGCGUUCAGUUCUCUGUAUCGUUGCAACCAGCAGGGGAUUCAUUUGCGGGGGCGAAGAUGCCACGCUGCACAUGUAUGAAAAGACCGACGAUGACCAGUACAAAGCAUUGAUGGAACUGAGAGUCGAACGCCAGAACCCAGGUGUUCGAGUGACGAGUAUCUCUCUCUCGCCGCAUGAAGACUCACUUUGUGUAUGCCUCUCAAAUUCCCAACUGUUCCAAAUGUCCACCAAGUUCCCGAGAAAAAAGGGCGGCGAUGAGAGCCAAGGGCUCACAUACCUUCACACGCCGUUCCACAAGGGUCCCAUUCUCGGAUUGGAUGUCUGUGAGCUAAAGCCGCUGAUUGUCACGUGCGGAGAAGACAAAUCGAUCCGAGUGUGGAAUUUUAUCGAAAACACGAUGGAGCUCUGCAAGUGCUACUCCGAAGAGGUGUACAGCGUCGCAUUUCACCCAUCUGGCUUCCACAUUCUCGCAGGGUUUUCUGAUAAACUCCGGUUCAUGAACUUAUUGCUCGACGACCUAACCACUAUGAGAGAGUUCGUCAUCAAAGGCUGCCGUGAAUGCCGCUUCUCAAAUGGAGGCCACCUCUUUGCCGCCGUUCAUUCCAACUUGAUUCAAGUCUACGAGACGUAUACGUGCCGCUCUGUAGUUACGUUGCGAGGUCAUAACUCGAAAGUGCGGUCACUCUGUUGGUCGCCUGACGACUCCAUUCUCGUCUCCACAGGCAUGGACGGAGCUGUCUACGAGUUUUCGAUCAUAAAGGGCCUCCGCCUCUCUGACUGGGUAUACAAAGGCAUAAACUUCAGUAGCGCCGUCGUGUAUCGUGGUGACGAGGAGAACUUCAAUACUGUAUUUGUUGUAGGAUCGGACAACUCUUUGAAGGAGGUUUCGAAUUCUCAGUUGGUGAACACGUACGAUGCCGGGAGCACCUUGUCUUCUCUCGCGUUGCCAAGAACGACCCGAGCGCUGUUCGCUGGAACAGCAGACGCUGGAGCACCUGGACAGCUCCGAAGUUAUGCCUUUCCACUUACAGGAGAAUAUCUUCGAUAUCCAUGCCAUGGUGGACCUGUUCAGCGAAUUUGUGUUUCCAAGGACGGAAGCUUUGUGAUUUCGUGCGGAAUGGACGGCACACUUUGCAUUUGCGCAAUUGUGGACAAAGAGAAGGCAGUCGACGACGAAGAAGAAUUGACCGCGAGCACGGUCUACACAGACGAAGUUCUUGUGACGCGCACUCAAGUACGUGAACGCAAAGCCCAAAUGACUGAGCUCGAGCGCCAAGUUGAGGAUCUGACGAAUCAAAUGGACUUCCAACUCCGUAAUCGAGAAACGCAACACAAAGAGCAACUGCUGCAACUCGAGGAACGCUACAACCACGAACUCGAGCUGGAAAGGAAGAAGUACGACAUACUCCGUGAAGAGAAGCAAGAGCAAGAGCAGGAGUUCAUUGACCAGGAGCGCGCCCGUGAAGACAAGCACGCAGCGACCGUUCAGCAGAUGGAGACGAAUUUCCAAAAUAAAAUGACAAUCGAAGUCGCAAGGUACCACAAAGUGCAAAGCGAGCGAGAACGCGAUAAUGCCGAGUGGGAAGCGCGCCUCAAACAAGUCACAGACGAGUUCUCCGCCAAGCUUGCCCAGAUGACGGUGGAGUUCGAGUCCUCCAAGAAAGCCUCACGUGACGAACUCGCGAGUCUCCGCGAACAGCAGGAACUGGCCUUCAAAACUCAUCAAGAGCUGCUGAGGCAAAUUGAGGAAGAUGCCGACAGAGAAAUUGAGGAGCUGAAAGAGGCGUACGAAGAGAAACUCGCCCAGGAAAACGCAGAAAAAGUUCGUCUGCGUGGACAGACGGGCAUCCACCGAAAACGCCACGAAGAUCUGAAGGAGCAAGCGGAGCUUCUCAAGGAAGAAUUGAAACAUAAAGAGGAAGCGUCGCAGAGAUACCGAACCGAUAUCGACAAGCUGUUGACAGACCGGGAGAUGGUGCUGAAGGAGAUUCAGGAGCGCGACCGGACGAUAGGCGACAAGGAGCAGCGCGUGUACGAGUUGAAAAAGCAGAAUCAGGAACUGGAGAAGUUUAAGUUUGUGUUGGGCCACAAGAUUCGCGAGUUGAAGGCGAUGAUCGAUCCAAAGGACAAAACGAUUGCGGACAUGCAGCGGCAGAUCCAGGCGAUGGACGCAGAGCUCGUGGACUACCACCGCCAGAACAAGUUAUCGAGUCUGGAGUUAGGCCAGCUGAAGUUGAAACAACGUGCACUGCAGGACGAAAUCGUGGACCGACGGCAGCAGCUUGCUACAGCGGAGAACCAGAUGAAACGCAUGAAGAACGACUUGUACGAGUGCGUGCAACACAUUCAGGACCCGAAGAAACUGAAGGACGCGAUCACGCGUCUGUACCGAAAGUACAUCACCAACGAACUCGCGAAGGACGACGUGGAUUUUGACAUUCUGAAGGAGCAGAACCGACAGCGGGACUAUUUGGAGAAGUCGGUCGAGUCUCUCAAGCGCCGUCUCGCCAAGGACUCGGAAGUUCACCGCCAAGACAACAUCAAAAUUAUGCAAGAGAACGCGUCAUUGAUUUGUGAAAUAAACGACCUCCGGAGGGAAGUCAACCUGCUCCGCUUGGAGCGACAAGAAUCCCGGGUCCAAGGUGCCUCCCAAAACAGUUUGAAUUCCCGAAAGAAGGUGGAGAAAGACAGCGGUCCCGAGUUGCCACGCAAAACCCCCCUGAAUACCCAUGAGGAACUCGCGAAAACCGUCGAAACGCAGAGAAAGCAAAUCGAGGUCUUGACCGCGCAAAUCGACACCCUCCAACACAAGUUAAAUCAGAAAGGCAGCCGGUUCCAAAAACCGGCGAGUCGCCUACCACGGCGUGCCUCGAAGACCGAAGAAGCCAAAAUCCCGAACAACUCUCAGGCGGUCCCCAAAAAGCCAGCAGGGAGCGACAGACACAUUGCACAAAAGCCCUUCAGACAGGCGACAAAUACUUCCAGCUCUGAAGACGCAAAGACGGGGCAUGCAACUCCUCCUAAUACACAGAGGCUCUCAGCGAAAACUGAGAAGUCGAACGAGAGAAACGACGUGGCGGGCUUGGCAUCUCCUAGCCUUACCCUUGACGUGCAGGGACAGGAAGAAGAGACAAACGAAUUCGCACCGGUCGAGAUGGGAGUUGCAGAAAUCAAUCGAGCAGAAACUGGGGAAGCGGGAGAAGAGAUGGGAGACAAAGCAGACGAGGCAGAAAUGCAGAACCGGAGAGAACCGGAAGAACUCGACCUGAAGGAAAGAUACGGAGACUGCCGAGAGUCGGCGUGCACGGAUGAGGAGCAGCAGCCGGAGGUGUCUGACCAUGUCGAAGUCCAAAACGCCAGACCAGAGGAGACGGAAGAAGGGGACGAGUACUCGAAAGAGGAACGUGGUGACGAACUGGAAGAGAUAGAGUGA